UUACUCUCGCCGCCUUCAAUAUUAAUAAAGUCCACUUAGGGUUUCCUCUACUUCAUAUAUAAACGUCCAUCGUUGUCACUGGCGCCCCAUAAACCCCAGUAAGCAUCUUCUUAAACCCCCACAAAAAACAGUCCUUUUUGGGUUUCCUGAGUGGUGCCCAGGAAGAUGAAGAGAAUACAAAACUCCUUCCAAGUCACAAAACAACCUUACAUUGAAGAUGUUGGCCCUAGAAAGAUAAAAAGCAUUCAAUUUUCCCUCUUUUCAGAGGCUGAAAUAAUGAAAUUAGCUGAAGUUGAAGUGUACCUUGGGCUUUAUUAUGAAUCUACUAAAAAGCCUAUUCGAAGUGGCUUGUUAGACCCCCGAAUGGGGCCUCCAAACAAGAAUGGAUGUUGUGAAACAUGUUAUGGUAACUUUAGAGAGUGUCCGGGUCAUUAUGGGUACUUGGUUCUUGCUCUACCAGUUUAUAAUGUUGGAUAUUUAGGCACUGUGGUGAACAUCUUGAAGUGCAUAUGCAAGUGCUGCUCCUCGAUACUUCUGGAUGACAAGGAGCGUCGAGACAUUUUGAAGAAGAUGAGAAAUCCAAGAAUUGAGUUUUUGAAGAAGAGUGAGCUACUUAAAAAGGUUGUGACAAGGUGUAAUACCAUGACAAGUUCCCAAAAGGCUGCCACAUGUUCCAAAUGCGGAUACAUGAAUGGUAUGGUGAAAAGGGUUCAGUUAAAAAUCAUACAUGAACAAGGAAAUCGUAUCUUGGAUGAGCUCAAUGUCGCUAUCUCUGACAAGAGAGAGCUCAGGGCAUCUGUUAGUGUGCCUCCAGAAAUUGACCCCAAAGUAGUUUACUCCCUUUUCAAGAAUAUGUCCGAUGAGGAUUGUGAGUUACUCUACCUUAGUGAUAGACCAGAAAAACUCCUUAUUACAAGUAUUCCGGUGCCACCAAUAGCUAUUCGCCCUUCAGUAUUUGUGGAUGGCGGAACACAGAGCAACGAGAAUGACAUCACGGAGAGGCUUAAGUUCAUUAUUCAAGCAAAUGCCAGUCUUCAUCAAGAGAUGUCUGAUAGCACUCCUGUUAAGAGUCUGAAUCUUUGGACUAGUCUGCAAAUGGAAGUCGCACAAUAUAUAAACAGUGAUGUUCGUGGAGUGCCACUACAUAAUAUGCAAUCUUCUAAACCGUUGAGUGGUUUCACUCAACGUCUUAAAGGAAAGCAGGGACGAUUCCGUGGAAAUCUCUCAGGAAAGCGUGUGGAAUAUACUGGCCGAACUGUUAUAUCUCCUGAUCCAAAUUUGAAAAUUACAGAGGUUGCUGUUCCAAUACUGAUGGCUCAAAUUUUAACAUAUCCUGAGCGAGUCUCUCAGCACAAUAUAGAGAAGUUGAGGCAAUGUGUUCGUAAUGGACCAAAUAAGUAUCCUGGUGCGAAGUUUAUCAGGCAUCCUGAUGGAACUGAGAUAUCGUUGAUGUUCUCUUCUAGAAAGCGUCAUGCUGAUGAAUUGAAAUUUGAUUAUAUUGUUGAUCGACAUCUAGAAGAUGGAGAUAUAAUCCUGUUUAACAGACAGCCAAGUCUGCAUAGAAUGUCAAUCAUGUCUCAUCGGGCGAGGAUAAUGCCAUGGCGCACAUUGAGAUUUAAUGAAUCUGUAUGUAACCCUUAUAAUGCUGAUUUUGAUGGUGAUGAGAUGAAUAUGCAUGUGCCACAAACAGAGGAGGCGAGGACAGAGGCUCUUAUGUUAAUGGGGGUUCAAAACAAUUUAUGCACUCCGAAGAGUGGAGAAAUUUUGGUUGCUUCGACCCAGGAUUUUCUGACGUCUUCCUUUCUCAUUACGAGGAAGGACACAUUCUAUAAUCGUGCUUCCUUUUCACUUAUUUGCUCAUAUAUGGGCGACGCAAUGGAUCCUACAGAUUUACCAACUCCAGCAUUUAUUAAGCCGGUUGAGCUUUGGACUGGGAAACAACUCUUCCAUAUGCUACUGCGUCCGUAUUCAAAGAUGAGAGUCUAUGUAAAUCUAACAGUCACAGAAAAGAGUUACAGUGGGAAAGGGGAGACAAUGUGCCCAAGUGAUGGAUUUGUUUAUUUCCGUAAUAGCGAACUGAUCAGCGGGCAGCUCGGGAAGGCUACACUAGGAAAUGGAAAUAAGGAUGGUCUCUACUCUGUUCUGUUGAGAGACUACAAGUCCCAUGCUGCUGCAACAUGCAUGAAUCGGCUUGCAAAGUUGAGUGCUCGGUGGAUUGGAAAUCAUGGAUUUUCCAUAGGGAUUGAUGAUGUCACACCUGGGGAAAACUUAGUUAAGCAAAAACAAGGAGAGAUUCAUCGAAAUUACAAGAAAUGUGAAGAUUAUAUUAAACAAUUUAAUGAAGGAAAGCUUGCUGUGCAACCCGGCUGUGAUGCUGCGCAGACUCUGGAGGCUGAAGUGACUAUGUCGUUGAAUAAAGUUCGUGACGACAUAGGAAAAAUUUGUAUGAAAGCACUAGACUGGAGGAAUAGUCCUCUAAUCAUGUCACAGUGUGGUUCAAAAGGAUCCCCAAUUAACAUAAGCCAGAUGAUUGCAUGUGUUGGUCAGCAGUCUGUUGGCGGACGUCGUGCUCCUGAUGGAUUCAUAGAUCGAAGUCUUCCGCAUUUUCCCUUCAAAUCAAAGUUUCCAGCUGCUAAAGGAUUUGUAGCUCAUUCCUUUUUUGACGGUUUGUCAGCAACUGAGUUCUUUUUUCACACAAUGGGAGGAAGAGAAGGCCUUGUUGAUACGGCGGUUAAAACUGCCGACACUGGAUACAUGUCUCGUCGUCUUAUGAAAGCUUUAGAGGACCUUGCUGUUUAUUAUGACAGCACUGUACGAAAUGCUAGCGCAUGUAUAGUUCAGUUCAUUUAUGGCGAUGAUGGCAUGGAUCCUUCUCAGAUGGAAGAGAAAAAAGGACGUCCUCUAAAUUUUAGCAGAUUAUUUAUGAAGAUUAAGGCAACAUGUCCUCCUGGAGGUGCGAAGAGUUUGUCUUACUCAGAAAUCUGCGAAAUAGUCAAUGAAAGGCUCUCAUAUCAUGAUAUGAGUCCUGAAGGGGGGUGCUCAGAGGCAUUCCGUGCUUCGCUGUCUGAUUUUUUGAUUAAAAAUUUAGCUGAAACCUUGAAAAAUUUACGGGAAUCCCUAUUAUUGGGUGAAGAGAAGCAUGCAGGGGAUGGCCAUGGAUAUCUUGAAAACAUUGCGUUAAACAUAUCUGGUAUUACUAAGAAGCAACUACAGGUGUUCCUCAACACGUGCAUCUCUCGGUAUCACCUAAAAAGACUAGAAGCUGGAACUGCAAUUGGUGCAAUUGGAGCUCAGAGUAUUGGGGAACCUGGGACACAGAUGACACUGAAAACCUUUCACUUUGCUGGAGUUGCAAGCAUGAAUGUUACACUUGGAGUUCCUCGAAUAAAAGAAAUCAUAAAUGCAGCAAAAAAGAUCACUACUCCUAUUAUUACUGCAAAACUUCUGUCUGCUGCUAAUUUAACUGCAGCAAGGAUGAUUAAAGCCCGUAUUGAAAAAACUCUUUUGGGGCAGGUGGCUAAGAGUAUAAAGAUUGUGUUGGCAUCUCGAUUGGCAUCAAUUGCUAUUUCACUUGAUAUGGAGACAAUUCAGGUGUCACAACUGUGUAUUGAUGCUUAUACUGUCAAGCAAUCAAUUUUGCGGACGUCAAAAAUAAAAUUGAAGGAACAUCAAGUAAAAGUUCUGAAUCCCAGGAAGCUGGAAGUUUUUCCUCAGGCUGAUAAAGAUAAACUGCAUUUUGAACUGCACCGGCUGAAAAAUAUGCUGCCUGCUGUUGUUGUGAAGGGUAUUACUACAGUUCAAAGGGCUGUGGUGAACAGAGAACAACAAAAAGAUCGUAAAAAUGAUGUCAAAGGGGAAACAUAUGAGUUGCUUGUUGAAGGGACCGGUCUCCUUGCCGUAAUGGGCAUUGAAGGAGUUGAUGGACGUAAUACAAAGAGCAAUCAUAUAAUGGAGGUGCAGCAAACUCUAGGCAUUGAAGCAUCAAGGGUCUCUAUAAUUGAUGAAAUUAAUUAUACCAUGUCAAGUCAUGGAAUGACAAUAGACUUGCGGCACAUGAUGCUUCUUGCAGAUCUGAUGACAUAUAAGGGUGAAGUCCUGGGAAUAACUAGACAUGGUGUCCAGAAAAUGAAAGAUAGCGUACUGAUGCUAGCUUCAUUUGAGAAGACAACCGACCACCUGUUUAAUGCAUCUGUAAAUGGAAGGGAUGAUAAGAUAGAAGGAGUAACCGAAUGUAUCAUCAUGGGCAUACCAAUGACGAUAGGCACUGGGAUGUUUAAACUUCGGCAACGUGUUGAGCAGGUUGAGCUGAAUUAUCAAUCAGAACCUAUGAUAUCCUAGGUAUUCUAAAUGAAUUUUCUGGUUCUGCAAAUUUAUACUUGAGGCACUGCUGGAUUCUGAUGGAAGGAUGAUAGCAGAGGUAAGGCAACUUGCAAUAUUUCUUCUUGUGGCGUGGUUUGCAGAUCCUAUCAGGUGAAUUUAAAAAGAAGUCCUUGAAGGAGACAAAAGUCUUACCAACACCUGAAAGAUUGGUUUCAGCAAACCUUAAAAUGUUGAAAGUUACUUUGGCCCUUGUUGAUAGACGUUUACGGGUACAUUAUUUGUUUUCAUCGUUACUGAAAGGUGAAAAGUCUCGUCGGGCUUCCCGCCUCCAACGUGUCGUAACGUGUAAUUAUUUUAGCUCCAUAGUUGCUAAUGCAGAUUUUGUUGGUAGUUUCUAUGAUUCAUUCAAUUUAUACAUACCAUACCUCAUAUUGGGCAUCCUCCUGCAGGAAAUUGCUGAAUGUUGGAACUUAGUGGACAGUUUCAAAAGUUAAACACAUUGAGAGUAUAUUUAAAGAUUAAUAUGGCAUUUCCUAUUUUA